CAUGAUCAUGAUGGACAUCAUGGAUUUUAUAUUACCCGACGAAAUCCAGCGGAAGAUGCUGUCCAGACCUAUCCAAGCUGUCCUCCAGGGGUUGGAUACCUGUCCUAAACCGAUUUAGGCCCGUUGCUUCUCUACCCUAGUGCGAAGGGAAAAAUUUCGACCUGAUGAUGAGGUCUCCAACAACCUUUGGACGUCGCCCAGUUUCGCCAAUGCCUGAUACGUCCCAUAUUCUUCACCUCCCCGACGAUGUGCUUACAUAUUUGCUCGACCUGACACCUAUGAGUGAUCUCGAGAGUAUCUCCAAGACGUGCAAACAACUCAGAACUAUCUGCGAACUAGUUCGCGUUCAAUACCUUCAGGAACUCAAUCAAGAAGGUCUAGAGUAUAAUCCUGCGUCUGCAUCAUCAACCGCGUCCUUUCCGCAGGCACUGGCUUCCCUCAGGUGCAGGGAAAAUAGGUGGAGGACAAUGCGCCCAAUCACUUCAUCCUGCCGUUCAACCUUAAAUGAAAGCCACUUUACUAGCUACUCUCGAAAGAUAGUCUUGUAUGUGUCUAGGCAAGUCGCAUCAACUAUUGUCCACGGGGACACGGUGGAACAUUCAACAUACCGUGGCCGAACCGACGAGGUUACUCGAUUCCAUGCCGCUGAUGUGCUGCAGGACCUUCUUGUUCUCCUUCGGAUGCACCUUGGAACAGGCGUGUCCUAUCUGUGCUUCCUCUCAUUGAGAGGGAUGUCUCCGCAUUCAGCAGCUGCUAGUCCAACUCGUGUUCUCCUCACAAGCAAAAUUAGUCCCCUGGAAUAUCGCUCUGCCCCGCUCCAUGCCCAUGGUCUAAGAAUACUUGGUCCCUGGUGUGCGGUGCUAACGACGGAUCUAUCCUCAAAACAACUGGAAGCGCAAGUCAACAUACUCUUUCUUUGCAACUGGAAAACCGGCGUAUUGUUUAAAUUGGCGGGCUUUCAUCCCGACAAAGUCGACGAUUUUAAUUUUAUAAACUCUCGUACACUCGCCGUCAUUCAUAAAACCUUGGACCUGAACCCAUCCCAACUAAUACUCCGUCUUUACGAAAUCACUUUGCCAAGCCAGCUCUCUUCGUCUGCUUGCGUGACACUCCGCUUAUCUUUGCGAUUACCCCGUAUCGAGAACCGGGUAUCCAUAUCACUUAGUCGUAUGGUACUACCGAGAGCGCUGCAGGAACAGGUUCUUCAAUCCAAUCAGCGCCCUCGUGAAGUCUUUUCCGCGAACAGCGGAAUCAUGGCUUUGUCGAUACCCCUUGCAACGGAUGUUGAGAAGGCUCGAUUAGACAUCGCUAUCAACGUUGCGAUGCUGCUUUCCUUCGCUCGCGCCAACGAUGUUCCUGACUGCACAAUGCUCUGGAGCGAGUGGGGCCCCAGGAUGUCGCGAGUUUUCUUGUUCAACGAAGUCCGUGCACCAAACGACGUAGAACCCCUGCAGGAUGUAGAAGGCUAUAGGAUAGCUUUUUCUGCGAACGUAGACCGCAGCGAUGGCCGAGCUGGCAUUUCUGAGGAACGUUCCCAUCCUGCAGCUUUUAUUCUAGACUUUAAUCCUGCCAGUAUCCAAUGGGCUCGAGAGGAGGACAAGGCAGGUCGUGGACUGCGUGGUGCUUUGGUGACAGAACCAAGUGUUUUGCAGCCGGGACACCUGCUUGCAGAAGAGGUAGUCAGCUCCCUACCUUAUACCCGAACUAUGCUUCAGGGAUACCUACCCCAACACCAAAUUCGGCUUUCACGGGAUGAAGUCGUCUAUCCUGCCAAGCCGCUGCAAGGACCUCCACUGCAUAAUCUUCAUAAUGUUUACAACUUCGCGUAGGACGAUGCUGGAUUGCUCGCUGGCGUCGGCAAAAUUCGUGAUACCUAUUUACUGCUGGCAUUUUAGUCGGCUUCUACUCGUAGAAUAAGUUAUACCUUCAUACUCAACAUCUUAAAGCACUUGAUAUCAAUUGCUACAUCUCCACGUAGUGUACAAUAAUUACCCCGCUCCUAAUGAAAAAAGUGCAGCGUUGCAUACCACA